ACUUUAUCAAAAAUACAUUAUUGUAUGCAUGAUCGUGCAUCCAGAACAUUCUACCCUACAUUUAUAUAUAUACACAAUAUAAAAGGUUCUUUUGACUACUAAUUAUCCAAACUUUGUGUAGAAAAAUAUUAAUUUCUAGUGGGAACACCACCACCUCCGCCGCAUGUUACUCGCAUUAAUCUUAAUCUUCUUGUGAGAUGGGUACCCUAUAAAUUAAGGGCUCUGCCAAUUCCCAUGGCAAUCCAACCCGAGAGAGAGAGAGAGAGAGAGAGAAUGGAGAAGCAGCAGAGCGAGGUAGUGCUGUUUGGAGCAUGGGCGAGCCCCCCUUGCCAGAGGGUCGUCCUCGCCCUUAAGCUGAAGGGCAUACCCUUCGAGUACGUGGAAGAAGACCUGAGGAACAAGAGCCAGUUGCUGCUCCAAUACAACCCUGUUCACAAGAAAGUGCCGGUUCUGGUUCACAACGGCAGACCCAUCUGCGAGUCUCUCGUCAUCCUCGAGUACAUUGACGAGCACUGGAACCACUCCCCCAAGAUCUUGCCGGAGGACCCUUAUGAGCGAGCCAAAGUCCGGUUCUGGGCCAAGUUCUCCGACGAGAAGAUCAUGCCCGCUCUGUAUCCGAUCUUGAAGAGCAGAGGCAAAGAGCAAGAGAAGGCCAUAGAGGGCUACUCGGAGCUGGUGAAGGUGUUUGAAGAAGGGAUCAAAAGGGAUUUUCCGGCGGGAUCGCCGUUCUUGAGGGGGGAGGCGCCGCCGGGGUAUCUGGACAUUGUGGUGGCGCCGGGUAGCUACAACUACAAGGCUUUCCACGAGGUUGUAGCGGUGAUUUUUGACCCACAGAAGCACCCUACGUUUCUCUCAUGGGUCGCUGCCCUAAAAGAGUACCCUCUGAUUAAGGACGCCCUCCCUCCCCAUGACAAGAUGGUGGCCAACCUCAGGGAAAUGUAUUCGGGUUAGCAAAGAGUGUACCAUAAAUCAAAAAUAAUAGUGUACUAGAGUGUGUGCUUGGUGUUGUUUUGAUAAUGUAUUGGCAACCAAAUAAAAGAAACUAUUAAUAAAAUAUCAUAGAGCUCAAUCGAAAAUUAAA